AUGAUCGAGCAUGAAGCAAAAGAUAAAGCCAAAAAAAUUAGGGAGAUUUACCGCUAUGACGAGAUGUCUAACAAAGUGUUGGAACUCGAUAGGCGCUUUAUAAAUAGCAGUCAGAAUCCCCAAAAAGACGCAGAAAUAUCACAACCAAAGUCCAUGCGUGGUAGAAUAAGUACUAAAGAUAUGGGCCAGAGUGUACGCAGUAUUGUUAAUGAAGGGAUAAAAGAAAAAAAUAUCGCUGUGGAAAAGAUAGAAAAAAACACAUCAUUCAAAAGAAUACAACAGGACAGUACUAUAUUGGAUUCCUCCUCCGAUUUUAGGUUACACUAUUAUCCAAAGAAUCCUUCAAAUGUUGAAGCUUAUGAGCGCAUUCUACAGUGGGUUACAGAAGUUUUGGGUAAUGAUAUACCGCAUGACCUAAUUAUUGGAACUGCUGACAUACUCAUCAGAGGAUUAAAAGAAAAUGAAGAAAAUGAGGAUGGAAAUAUUGAAAAACGAAAGGAAGGUAUCCAAGAUGAGUUAGGCAUUGAUAUAAAUUUCUCAAAGUUCACCGAAUUAGUCAAACUUAUGAAAGACAUUACCGAUUACAACAUUCAUCCUAACAAGACCGAUAAGCAAGCAGUGGCUAUACUUGUGGAUGACGAACCCUCAGAUACAGAAGAAGUGGUAGACGAAUCUAACAUCGCAAAUGUUCUUGAAAGUGAAAUCAAUGAUGAUGAAGAUGAUUCUGAAAAAAAUUAUGACAAUAGCGCUGAAGUUCACUUGAAAACGAAGAAUAACAGAGCACUACCAAAUAUUGAAAACGACACAAUCAAACUCUCCGAUCAUAAAGAAAAUAGCACUGAAAUCAUUCCCAUAUAUUCAGUUGAUGAGUUCUUCUUGCAGAGAAAACUUCGAUCCGAGCUCGGUUAUAAGGAUACUUCCGCAAUUCAAGAGCUUUCAGAGAAGAUUUUGAAUGAGAUAAAAACUCUUGAGCAUAAUCCGACAGCCCUAGAGCAGAAACUUGUUGAUUUACUUGACUUUGAGAAUAUACCAUUGGCUGAGUUUAUUUUUCAGAAUAGGUCUGUAAUACUUUGGGGCAUACUACUGGCAAAGAGUACAGAGAACGAGAUACCGAAUCUAAUAAACGAAAUGACUGUCAAUGGUUUAGGUGAUCUUGUGAAGCAGUACGAGUUAAGGAACAAUGUAAAGUCAAAGCGUGAACUUGAUAUUGAUGCUAACCAGCAACAGUCCUCCAAAGCUAAGAGGGCAAAAUUAGGUGAUUCCAUAGUUCCUCCUACCAUUGAUUUGGAAAAGAUUAAGUUUGACGAGAGUUCUAAAUUGAUGACUAUAACGAAAGUUUCACUACCAGAAGGAUCAUUCAAAAGAGUGAAACCGCAAUAUGAUGAAAUACAUAUUCCGGCACCAAAGAAGCCUGUUGUCGAUUAUGAGUUGAAAAAAAUUACAUCUUUGCCUGAUUGGUGCCAAGAGGCAUUCCCAUCAUCGGAAACAACCUCUUUAAAUCCUAUACAGUCAAAGGUUUUUCAUACAUCUUUCGAAAGUGAUUCAAACAUGCUAAUAUGUGCUCCUACUGGUUCAGGUAAGACAAAUAUCGCCUUAUUGACGGUAUUGAAAACCUUAAGUCGUUUCUAUAAUCCGACAACGAAGAAGUUGAACCUUUCAGCUUUCAAAAUUGUUUACAUAGCACCGUUGAAAGCGCUAGUACAGGAACAAGUCCGAGAAUUUCAAAGAAGACUGGCUUUCCUGGACAUAAAAGUUGCCGAAUUGACUGGUGAUUCUCGGCUAAGUAGAAGACAAAUUGAAGAGACCCAAAUUUUGGUUUCUACACCUGAAAAAUGGGAUAUCACCACUAGAAACUCGAAUAAUUUGGCUAUCGUAGAGCUGGUCCGUUUGUUGAUUAUAGAUGAAAUUCACUUGUUGCAUGAUGAAAGGGGACCGGUAUUAGAAAGCAUUGUUGCUAGAACAUUUUGGGCUUCCAAAUACCGCCAGGAAUGCCCCAGAAUCAUAGGACUGUCUGCAACUUUACCAAAUUAUGAAGAUGUUGGAAGAUUUUUAAGGGUUCCGAAAGAAGGGCUCUUUUAUUUUGAUUCCUCAUUUAGACCCUGUCCAUUAUCACAACAGUUUUGUGGAAUAAAGGAACGGAAUUCUUUGAAAAAGCUCAAAGCUAUGAAUGAUGCUUGCUAUGAGAAAGUUUUGGAAUCUAUCAAUGAAGGUAACCAGAUAAUUGUGUUUGUUCACUCUCGAAAAGAAACAUCACGUACAGCAACAUGGUUGAGAAACAAGUUUAUUGAAGAGAACAUUGCUCAUAAGUUAAUUAAGAGCGACUCAGGUUCAAAGCAGAUUUUGAAGACGGAAGCUGCAAAUAUACUCGAUCCAAGUCUAAAAAAGUUGAUUGAAAGUGGUAUAGGGACACAUCAUGCCGGGCUGGCCAGGAAUGACAGAUCUUUAUCCGAAGAUCUGUUUGCUGAUGGAUUAUUACAAGUACUGGUAUGUACUGCGACGUUGGCAUGGGGUGUUAAUCUUCCUGCCCACACAGUUAUUAUAAAAGGAACCGAUGUCUAUUCACCUGAAAAGGGGUCCUGGGGACAACUCUCUCCGCAAGAUGUACUUCAAAUGUUAGGUAGAGCAGGUCGGCCUAGAUAUGACACGUUUGGAGAAGGUAUCAUAAUCACAGACCAAUCAAAUAUCCAGUAUUAUCUUUCGAUCCUCAACCAGCAGCUACCGAUAGAAUCACAAUUCGUUUCAAAAUUAGUAGACAAUUUAAAUGCUGAGGUUGUUGCUGGUACCAUUAAAUGUAGAAAUGAUGCAGUAGAUUGGUUGGCAUAUACUUACUUAUAUGUUAGAAUGUUGGCUUCCCCUGAACUUUAUAAUAUACCUGAUAUUUCAGAAGAUAAACAAUUAAAAAAGUUCAGAGAAAUUUUAGUCCACUCUGCCUUGUGUGUCCUGAAAGAACAAGAUUUAGUGUUAUAUGAUGUUGAAAAUGAUGUGAUUGAAGCAACAGAUCUGGGAAAUAUAGCUUCGGCAUUUUAUAUCAAUCAUACAUCUAUGGAUAUCUACAAUAGGGAGCUGGAUGAAUACACAAGCCAGAUCGAUCUUUUCAGGAUAUUUGCAAUGUCAGAAGAGUUCAAGUACAUAUCGGUAAGAUAUGAAGAAAAGAGAGAACUAAAACAGCUUCUAGAAAAAGCUCCUAUUCCUAUUAGAGAAGAUAUCGAUGAUCCUUUAGCAAAAGUGAAUGUGUUACUGCAAUCUUACUUUUCACAGUUAAAGUUUGAAGGGUUUGCAUUAAAUUCUGAUAUGGUUUUUAUUCACCAAAAUGCAGGAAGGCUAUUGCGUGCUAUGUUCGAAAUAUGCUUGAAAAGAGGUUGGGGACAUCCCACAAGGAUGUUAUUAAAUUUCUGUAAAUCUGCGAAAACGAGGAUGUGGCCAACAAAUUCGCCUUUAAGGCAGUUUAAAAAAUGUCCUCUUGAAGUGAUUAGAAGGUUAGAAGCUUCUACAGUGCCGUGGGGAGAUUACCUACAGUUAGAAACGCCUGCUCAAGUUGGUCGUGCAAUCAGGUCUGAAAAAUACGGAAAACAGGUAUACGAUUUACUGAAAAGGUUUCCUAGAAUGUCUAUCACAUGCACCGCUCAACCUAUUACUCGUAGCGUUAUAAGGUUCAAUGUUGAAAUACUAGCAGAUUGGAUGUGGGAUAUGAAUGUGCACGGUUCUCUUCAACCUUUUUUGCUUAUGCUAGAAAAUACAGAUGGUGAUUUCAUACUUUACUAUGACGUGCUAUUCAUCACUCCGGAUAUGAUAGGGCAAGAUUUUACCUUGUCCUUUACUCAUGAGUUAAAACAACAGAAUCAAAAUAACAUGCCACCUAAUUUUUUCCUUACUGUUAUAUCUGAAAAUUGGUGGCAUUGUGAAUACGAAAUUCCGGUUUCCUUCAAUGGUUUCAAACUUCCGAAUAAAUUUCCUGCUCCCACUCCUCUUCUGGAAAACAUUUGUAUCCCAACAACAGAGCUCGGUAUCGAUGAUUUCUCAAAUGUAUUCGAUUUUAAAUCUUUUAAUAGAAUUCAGAGCCAAGUUUUUGAAUCUGUCUACAACUCAAAUGAUUCUGUCUUUGUAGGUUCGGCAAAGGGCUCGGGUAAAAUGGCUUUAGCUGAAUUAGCUCUGCUGAAUCAUUGGAGACAGAAUAAAGGAAGAGCCGUUUAUAUCAAUCCAUCUCAAGAAAAAAUUAAUAUCUUGCUAGCCAAUUGGGAUAGGAAAUUAUCCCAUCUUGCUGGAGGAAAGAUCAUUAACAAGUUAGGGAAUGAUCUCUCACUAAACUUGAAAUUACUGGCCAGAAGUCAUGUCCUUUUGGCUACUCCUGCGCAAUUUGAACUUUUGUCACGUCGCUGGAGGCAAAGGAAAAACAUUCAAAGUUUAGAAUUGAUGAUAUAUGACGAAAGCCAUGAGAUAAGCCAAGGUAUUUAUGGUGCAGUGUAUGAAACGUUAAUUUCCAGGAUGAUAUUUAUAGCUACCCAACUUGAAAAAAAAAUUCGAUUUGUUUGCCUAUCAAAUUGUCUGGCAAAUGCUCGUGAUUUUGGUGAAUGGGCUGGCAUAGCGAAAUCAAACAUAUACAAUUUCUCUCCAAGCGAAAGGGUUGAACCUCUUGAAAUUAAUAUUCAGUCAUUCAAAGACGUUGAGCACAUAUCAUUCAAUUCGUCAAUGCUACAAACGGCAUUUGAAGCAUCUGCUGCUGCUGCUGAAAAUCGGAAUACUAGCUCAGUGUUCCUUCCAUCCAGAAAGGAUUGCAUGGAAGUUGCAUCCGCAUUUAUGAGUUUCUCCAAAGCAAUAAAAUGGGAUAUGUUAAACAUCGAAGAAGAGCAAGUCAUUGCAUAUGCUGACAAAUUAACUGACAAUCAUCUAAAAGACCCUUUGAAACACGGUAUUGGUAUCAUUUAUAGGGGUAUGGUACCAAAUGAUGAAAGAAUCGUAAAAAAGUUAUGCGAGUACGGUGCAAUAUCAGUUUUACUCAUAUCUAAGUAUUGCUCCACUUUUGCUUGUAAAACAGAUGAAGUAAUUAUACUAGGAACCAACCUUUAUGAUGGUAGAGAACAUAAAUAUAUGCCAUACACUAUAAGCGAGCUCUUGGAAAUGGUGGGGUUAGCUAAGGGUAAUGAUUCAAUGGCUGGCAAAGUUUUGAUUUUGACAAGUCACAACAUGAAGGCUUAUUACAAAAAGUUUCUCACUGAACCACUACCUACUGAGAGUUUUCUUCAAUAUACUAUUCAUGAUACAUUGAAUAAUGAUAUUGCGAAUUCCAUAAUACAAAGCAAACAAGAUUGUGUUGAUUGGUUUACCUAUUCGUAUUUCUAUCGUCGUAUCCAUGUGAAUCCAAGCUAUUAUGGUGUUAAGGAUACGUCUCCAUAUGGUAUUUCCGUUUUUCUGACCAAUUUGGUCGAAACCAGUUUAAAUGAUUUAGUUGAAUCAUCCUUUAUUGAAAUUGACGAUUCCGGAACAGAUGGGGUGAAUGAUGGAAAAGAUGAAGAACCACCCGAAGUAAUUUCCGUCUUGGGUAACGGAUCGAUUGCUUCUCAUUAUGGUGUAUCCUUUUUCACCAUUCAGUCGUUCGUUUCAUCCUUAUCAAAUACUUCCACACUUAAAAAUAUGCUGUAUGUUCUUUCCACGGCGGUAGAAUUUGAGAAUAUUCCACUUAGAAAAGGAGAUAAUUCAUUACUUGUCAGACUAAGUAAAAACUUACCUCUGGAUUUUCCUGGUAACAUCUCUUCAGAGUCCAUUAGCUUUAAAGUUUUCCUAUUGUUACAGGCGUAUUUUUCACGCACUCAAUUACCUAUCGAUUUACAAAACGAUUUGAGGGACAUUUUGGAAAGGGUCAUUCCCCUGAUUAACGUGAUGGUUGAUAUUCUUUCGCAAAGCGGGUAUCUAAAUGCUACUACUGCUAUGGACUUGGCCCAGAUGUUGAUUCAAGGUGUAUGGGAUGUUGAUAACCCAUUGACACAGAUUCCGUAUUUUAACAAUAAAAUACUGGAAAAAUGUAAGGAACUUAAUGUUGAGACUGUUUAUGACAUAAUGGCUCUUGAGGACGAGGAAAGAAAUGAAAUUUUGACUCUCAAUGAUUCACAGCUUGCUCAAGUUGCUAUGUUUGUUAACAAUUAUCCUAACAUUGAACUUACCUAUUCCUUAAAUAAUUCAGAAUCUUUAACUACAGGUGAAAAACAGAAAAUCUCCAUACAAUUAACAAGAGAUGUUGAGCCAGAAAGUCUACAAGUGACAUCAGAAAAAUAUCCAUUUGAUAAACUAGAGUGUUGGUGGUUGGUUUUAGGUGACACUUCUAAAAAGGAACUUUACGCUAUCAAGAAAGUUAGUUUAAAUAAAGAGAUCCAGCACUAUGAAUUAGAAUUUGAUACUCCAGCACCCGGUCAACACAACCUAACAAUUUGGUGUGUUUGUGAUUCGUAUCUUGACGCAGAUAAAGAAUUGGAGUUUAAAAUAAAUGUGAAGUAG